AUGGUUGAACCAUCCUUUAGAUCUCAAACAUACGCUGUUACAGGCAUUAGUAUUGUCUGCUUACUGACGCUGUGGAUAUUGUCCUCGAGUAAUGCAAGAGUAGCACUUGUCUCGGAGACAGUAAAGGAUGUUCCAGACCAACAGCAACACAGAGAUGUAUUAUACCAACCACUCCCAAAAGACAAAAACCUGUGCUCAUCAGACCAAUACAACCAAGGAAAAUGGGUGCACCAAAGCAUCGGCUUGGAAUCACAAAAUGUAGAUGGCAUCAACAAGUUUGUUGGGUAUCAUUGCAACUGGAAUUUCCCUCAUCGCUGCUACAGACGACAAGAACCAGCCAGCGAGUUUAAUAGAAGUAGAUCCAUUAUAGACUACACUUGGCAACCAGACAAUUGUAUGGUACUUCCAUAUCAAGCGAGAGAUUUUUCCAAACACCUCUCUGAAAAUCCACUCUUACUCGUGGGUGAUUCCAUCACACAAUUAAUGUUCGAAAGCAUGUGGUGCUUACUAGGACAAGACUUGACUGCACAAAACAAAGACACCCAACUCUCUGGUGGUGAUACAUCCAUGUGGGCUAGUCAAUUAGUACAUCGAGAUUUAGAGUAUCAGGAUCCAGCAAAGGUCACUGUCGCUUAUAUUCGCUCGGAUUAUUUAGUGAAAUUGGACGAUUUUAGCCUGAUUAAACCCAAUGAAGGUGAGGGAUAUCAAAUUGGUGUGGGUAGCAACUUUCCUUGGGUGCAUGCCAUCCCUCGAUUCAAGUAUAUCAUGCUCAACACUGGCCCACAUUGGCAUCCUGACCUCAAGUGGGGUCCCAACAAGGACAGAAAGGAACUGUUGCAAGCAUUCAGACGAGGCAUGCGCAAGGUGUUUGAUUAUCUCAAGGAUCAUGUCAAGGCCGAUCAGCGAGUUUGGGUCAGAAGCACACCCUACGGUCAUGCCAAGUGUUCUCAAUAUACAUCCCCGAGCUCGUACAUCAUCACACCCACAGGACAAAAGGGCGAAUAUGAAUGGGACAUGUUUGAACAGUUUGAUUUUGUGUGGAAGGACAUGAUUGAAAAGGAAAAUGACGAGCGCUUCCACUUUUUCAAUGUAUCUAUCUCCAACUACAGAGGCGAUGCUCACUCGCAGCCAGAUUCAGACUGCUUACACACUUGUUUGCCUGGACCUGUGGAUGACUGGAACAAAUUUUUUUAUCAUCAAGUAGUAAAAUUAGUCAACAAUGCAUAA